GAGCCUGACCACACGUUCCCGUUAGUCGCCUUUUACGACAAGCAUAGUCACAUUUUACGGCAAGUAUGGGUUGCUGAAGACCUAUUCUACCCCGGAAUCUUCACGGGUCUGAUCCUCAUAAUGCUCUAAAUAGAGAGAUAUUAAAAGGAGAAAUAGUUGAAGCACUGUCCUCUUUAGAAUGUGGUAAAGCCGCUGGACCUGAUGGAAUUCCUCCAGAAAUGUGGAAACAUGGAGAUGAUGUAUUUCUACCAUACUCAUGGUUCAUUUUGAUAGUAUUUUUAAUUCUGGGGAUUUUCCAUUACAUUGAUCUGAAAGUAUAAUUUUCCCACUUCAAAAGAAAGGCAAUACAAAUUAUGUGAAUACCUAUAGAGGAAUUUCUGUAAUGGGCAUAUACGGUAAAAUAUUUACGUGUGUUGUAAAUAAGACUUUAACCUUUCGUAGAUUUGUUAAACACAAACCCUGCGUGUCAAGCUGGAUUUCGUAGUGGCUUUUCUACGGCUGAUUAUAUCUUUACACUACAAUCACCAAUUCAGAAGUAUUUAUCCAGAUCUAGGGGUAGACUUUAUUGUUUAUUCGAAGACUUUAAAAAGUUAUUGAUACCAUCAAUAAAGAUCGUUUAUGGUUUGUGUUAGCUUAACAAGAUAUUAAAGGCAACAUGCUGAAUAUAAUUCGUGAUAUGUACUCUAAGACAACAGCAGGUAAUAAAGUAUCAAAUGUUAUUUCCGAAUAGUUGGAUUCUUGAAGCGGUCAAAGUUGUAUUCCAAGUCAACUUCUAGUGACAAAACAUUCUCCACAGGACUGUGUGACUGGAGGGAUGACUUCAACUUUCCCUUCAUGUCGAGCAAUAUUCCAACAGCUCCAGCCUUAGGGAUUUUACAUUUAACUUUUAAGAUACAAUAGAGCAUGCUCUUUCUACCAACAUUUCAAAGAGCGUCAUACGCUCAGACAAAGUUUUCAAAAAGUUUUAUUGUAGACAUGUUGAGGACAUUUUCAAAUUUGAUGCUAUGUUCACACAAAAAAAUGAAAAAUAUGUUUUAAAAAAACUGUCACUCUCUUUGUUCAGUAUCCACAUGCUAUAUAAAAUAUACAUCUACAAUCACUUUUGCGUUUCCUUCUUGCACAGUAUAUAUUUUUCGAAUCUCUUUGGCUUUCAGAAAACUUUGUGAAGUUAUGAUUUAUUUAUGUAGGACCUUUACAACGGAAGCAAUAUAAAGAAUAGUGUUCAGUCAGUAAAUAGUUAAUGGAGGUAUAGUCUACAGGGGUAAUGAUCUCUUAACUGAUGCAUUGCAGUCUACAGACUUUGGUUCAGGUAGUCGUCUAACCAAUUAGUGGAUCUUUCACUCCUCUGUUAACUCUUCAAGAUGCUGCUGGUGUGUUCAAGUAACUGUUGCAUUCUGCAGCUGGCAUUAACAGCAACUGUUUACCUCAUGUUUGGGCUUUCCACAUGCCAUACAAAGACUUGUGGACUGCAGAUAUCAGGGGAAAUGAAGAACAGAUCUGUCACAUUAAGGAAUGUUGACAUCAAGUUGUGCAAAGUUAGAUGUAUGAAAAAUUCCUUAAUUUUUGCCUCCUGUCAUCAAUCAACUGGUGAAUCAAAGAAGACUGAGAAGAUCGGCGGAUCUACGAAUCAGCCCAGUGUCUCAAGCAAACACUGUACAGCAAAGGUCUGCAAUCUGACUCGUCCAAGUCUGGAGAUUGGAUCGGGAAAGGCUGUCCGUGUGCAAGCAACACCGACUGCCUCACCGCGUCUCCAACCAGCAGACGCAAAACUCCACUCUGCCUGCUUAUCCGGGGACCUAUCAGCUGUGCGACGCAUCUUGUCAGUGGGUCAGGCGGACAUUAACUGCAGGAAGAAUGGUAGAACACCGGUGAUGACGGCAGCAGUAAAGGAAUUUAGAGAGGUGGUAUUGUUACUCGUGAGUAACGGAGCUGAUGUGUCACUCGUGGAUAACAACGGUAAUAACAUCCUUCACAUGGUUUGCUUGCAAAGAGAUUUGGAGGCGUUGAAGUAUGUCCUCUCACAGGAUAUGGUGGGUAUUAACGAUAGAGGAUGGUUCGAGAGGACAUCGGUGAUGAGGGCAGCUGAGAAGGGAUAUAAAGAGGUGGUAGAGCUACUCGUGCAUAAAGGAGCUGAUGUGACACUAGUGGAUAAACACGGUGAUAACAUCCUUCACUUAGCCUGUCAGAAAAACAAUGUGGAGAUGGUGAAGUAUGUCCUCUCACAGGACAUGGUGGACGUAGACGCCAGGAACAACAAAGGACAGAAUGCAGUCACGAUAGUGAAAUCCUUGAAACGGCUUGACGUGCUUGAUCUUCUUGUGUCCCGUGGCGCUCACGCGCAGUAGGUGAGAUGUUUGUGGUCAUGAUUAAGGUUAGAUGAUUUCUUCAUGUUUAAUGAGAAAUGAAAUACGUCAAAAUUACAUUUGGUUACUCUCUCAUUUUAAAUAAAUGCUGCAUUGCUCGAUGAGGUAGAAAGAUUGUUGAUUAAAUGAUAUGAUAAGAAGAGAACUAUAACAUAUCAUAAUAACAUUCUUCUUUAAUUGUCAGACAUAAACAUUUGGAAAAGUAAACUAGAAACACAAAAGUAUUAGUUUACCAAUCAGAGCACCCUGUAACCUCUAAAUUAGAGUUCCGGCGAGCUGGUGUUAAAUGCUGAUAAUUAUAAUCUUGGGAGUAAUAAAUACCUGUCACUCUCUGUAAGAAGAUAUACAUUCGUCAUAUAGCUAUAGUUCUAUUGCGUGUCGCAUAAGAAGAAACUGGCUCCUAGGCGCCAGUUGCCCAGUACAUGAAUACUUGCUCCGAGCGCUUGGAAAUGCAACAGAUUUACAUGCAAUGCAGGGGAUGCUGUCUGAUGAUGGGGGGGCUACAAUGCCUGGACAUCCGAGCGGACAUCAGCAUAUGUACAUCCAACUGUCGUUCCCGAUACUGAAUUGUAUAGAGCUAUUAUCAGUUACGGAUUACUUGUAUAGUAACCCAUCCUGAAAACUUGAAAUUAAAUUUUACAAAUAUGGAAUUUCUUA